GAAAGGAGAAAGAGGCAGUGCCGCUCGCAGCCGAAUAUCGACCCCGAUCCCGAUCUCAUCCCUUUCUUGGUACUAGCGGUGCCGUUUGAGGGUUCGCUCAACGAGGAGAUGAACGUAUCGGGUCAUCUAACCUAGGCCUAGGCACGUUCUAGAGGUUUCCCCCAAGAUAAUCCGGCUAAGGAGGGGUUUCUUCGAGGAAGGAAUCGAGGAUUCAUCUUUUCGAGGUGCAGAGAGGGGAAGAGGAC